GUCUUCACUCCCUUUUGGCUUUCUUUUUCGUCGUCAGCACUGAUGUUGCUUCAAUAAUCCGGGAAUCUUUUGAAGAAAAGCCAACACUCCACCCCUCAGAAUUUUUUGUACACGUACCCUAAUUUCUAAAAUCCAGAGAGUUAUCAGCAAAAAAUCUAAGAAAAACGAAAAAACAGAAAAAAUGGUGUCGGCAAACAAGGAAAUGGUGGUGUAUUGCUUCGAUACGCUGGUGGCUCACUUCAACGGCGAACAAGUUCCCCCUCCUGCUUUCGAUGAGGGUCAACACCCAUUGUUUGUGACUUGGAAGAAAGCUGUGAAUGGUGGGGAACCUCGCCUACGUGGAUGCAUAGGAACUCUGGAAGCUCGCUGCAUAAUAAAUGGCUUCAAGGAUUAUUCACUAACCAGUGCUCUGAGGGAUCGGCGAUUUCCACCAAUACAGUCUAAAGAAUUACCAUUCUUGCAAUGUACAGUUUCCAUUCUUACUAAUUAUGAAAAUGCUGCUAACUAUCUCGAUUGGGAGGUCGGAAAGCAUGGAAUUAUUAUAGAAUUCACUGACCCUGAUUAUAAUACAAGGCGAAGUGCCACAUACCUACCUGACGUGGCUGCUCAAGAAGGCUGGACAAAGAUAGAAGCGAUUGAUUCACUGAUACGUAAAGCUGGUUAUAAUGGCACCAUAACCGAGUCUGUGAGGAAACGUAUUGAGUUGACUCGUUACCAAAGCACGUUAUUUACAAUGCAUUAUGGGGAGUAUGUGAGCUAUGUGAAGACAACUCGAGGUGUUGCCCUUUCUGUUGCUGGUCUUAAAUCCCGUUGACCCAUUUCAUACUAAUAUUAGUUAACUGGAAUCAUAUCAAUAUCAUGUGUAGUUUGGUUCCAGGUUAAUUUAGGAAAGAAGAUGGUAGGGUAUGGGCGGGUAGGACCCGACCCAUCCAUGUACCUGGUGGUUGUUGUUGCCUUGUUUCUAAGUUAUUUUAUAAAAUUUGGUCAACUUGUAUCUUGAGUUGACUGAUGGAAAAAUGUUGGGACUUAAUGUUUGUGACGUGGAAAUAUUGCAAGUUUGUAUGAAUUUUGUGGUAUAUGAUUUGUGUGAUAGUUUGUUUUAAGGUUGAAA